ACAAGGGCUUCACCUCAUCGGCGCUACACUGCGCGACGACAUCGUAUCAAUGACGCGACAGUCCUGAGUGAUACCCGCGACAUCCCGAGCAAGCUUUCCGAACGGCAUCAGGCCCGAGUGUUUCACCCCAAGAUAUUUGCUGCAUCGAUCUCUCCUUCGACUUGCUUUGGCGCAUCGACGCAAGACGCCAGCAUUACCAUGGUGUCACCCCGUAAAAGGACACUGCACGAGGCUGAAAUUGGCUCGAAAGAAGAAUCCUCGUUGCUAUUUCGCUUACGGAAUCAAUGGCAAUUCGCAAAUCUCUGCCAGUGGAUCUAUCUCUUUGGCAAAGUGGUCAAGAUUGAUGACAACCUAGAUACUGAGGAUAUUGAGACCGAGUGCCUGAAGCCGAAUGCUCCCGUACUCCAGGAUAUCGGGCUCGCCCUGCUCAAGUUCAUUUCGUCUCACCGUGGUCUAACGCACCAGCUCUUUGACGAGUACACACGAAGACAAUACUUGGCGAGGGCACCUGAGAAGAACCCAUUUGGCACACAGGAAAUCGCAGCGAAAUUUACGGACUUCAAUGUCUUAACUAAGGUGCAAAUUCUCCAACAAAUGACACAAUGGAUCAUGGCUCGCCCCGAGCGUGUCAGGGAGAAGAUGGAGGAACAGAAGGACAUCGACCAGGCUAGCUGGCGGAUAGAGCCCAUCGGCUGGGAUAAAGAUGACCGCACGUAUUUCGUUCUCGAUGAUAACAGGGUUUACAGAAUGACCGAACCGCCAAACCCUCCCACCCCUAAGAAGAGGCCCAAAGCUGCCAAAUACGGAUCCCGCUCAAACAAGAGACGACGCGUCUCUGCACCAAAUGAAGCGGACCACGCGGACCAGUCUGCAAAUGAAUCGACCGAUGUUGUUGCUGACACAACCGAGGACAAUAGCCUAGGCAGCAUGAAAUGGGAAUGCCUUGCAGUCAGCUUGGAAGAUGUACAGGAGAUUAUUAAGUCUUUCCAUAAAACCAAGGACGACAACGAAAAGAUCCUGCGAAACCAAUUGCAAGAGCAUCUACUUCCUAUUCUGGAGAAGCAAGAGGUGUCGAGGAAGCGCAAAGAGCAGCAGCGAGAGCGGGAGCUAUCGAACCUGGCUAAAAUGGCAAAUGCGAAGCGCUCCAGCCGCAUCGCGAACAAGGCUGAGCAGCAGAAACAAGAGGAGAAGGCUCAGGAAAAUGCCAAGGUUUUGCAAGUUCGACGGGCUGCAGAAAAGAAACAAGAGCAGCAACAGCUCAAAAUCGAAAAAGAGCGGGACCUGAGACUGGAAUCCCGAGAAAACCGACUGAAGGAGCGGGAAGCUCGCCGCUUACAACAUGAACGCGAACUCUCACAACUGUCAGAGGACAACCGCAGUGGCUCGGGUCGUAUCUCGGAGCGACGGCUGCAAGCCGAGAUAGAGAAAAACAAGCGAGCACUUGAACAGCUUGAAGACGAGGAGGAGGACUGGAUAUUUGAUUGCAUCUGCGGUGUCUACGGCCAGGUCGACGACGGGACUCAUAGUGUGGCUUGCGAAAAAUGCAACGUCUGGCAACACAGCAAGUGUCUCGAUAUCAGCGAGACUGAAGCUGAGAAACCUGAAUUUCAUUUCAUCUGUCAGUCGUGCAAGCAGCGCGAGCAAGAAGCGGCUGCAAAACCGAAAACGACUAUAAAGCUCAAGAUUAAUCGCCCAGCCGAUGCAUCGUUCUCGCCUAUAAAACAACCGCCUCAGGAGAGCCACAGAUUAAACCCAUCAGGGCUGUCAGAGGGAAACAUCUCAGCCGUUUUGAUGACAGAUGAUGGCUCACGUAUAGGGCAUGGCGGGUCGAUUCUGCUGCGGAACGAAUCGGAACUUGAACGAGAGACAGGGGCACCAUCAGCGUCUGCAUUCCUGAGCGGCCACUCUCAAGCUCUUGGGACAAAUGGGGCCAAGGAAAGCAGCCCGGAGCCAAAAACACCCAACGCUGAGAACCAUGAAGCUGAUGACGGCAGAGCUCAUCGUGACCGUGUUUACAAGCCCUUGACGAACGGUAACGGCAGUGUCUCUGCAAGCCCACCACGAGCUAGGACGACGCCAGCUCCGCGGGACGUCUCAUCGCCCAGGCAUGGAGCCUCCAGUCUGAUGGCCACGCCCAUUAUUAGUCGCGAGCAUGGCAUCCCGGGUUCAGCACAUUCAUCUUUCACACUGCCCGCUCCCGAAGGCGGACUCUCUCCGACCAAGCAUUCUCCCCCCAUACCCCGUCCGCAACCCCCAAGCAUCAAAACGCCUGCCCUCCCUGCUGUUCUGCCGCCUGUAGCAACGCUUUCGCCAUCGCCACGUCAGCAGAUUUUGACGCCCCCAAUCAAGCCUGCGGAGCCGGUUCGACGGUCGCAACCUCCAGGUGCAAGUCCGAGUGCGCUUUGA